CGGGCGGGCCCGGCGCUGUGCUUGGCCUCGCGGUGCCUAGGCUCGGGUGGCUGGUGGGGACACGCUCAGCGGCGCGGAGCCGGGAAGGGAGCUUGGCGGCGGCGGCAGGAUGAACAGCAUCAAGAACGUGCCGGCGCGGGUGCUGAGCCGCAGGCCGGGCCACAGCCUGGAGGCCGAGCGCGAGCAGUUCGACAAGACCCAGGCCAUCAGCAUUAGCAAAGCCAUCAAUACCCAGGAGGCCCCUGUGAAGGAGAAGCACGCCAGGCGCAUCAUUCUGGGCACUCACCAUGAGAAGGGGGCCUUCACUUUCUGGUCCUAUGCCAUCGGCCUGCCACUUCCCAGCAGCUCCAUCCUCAGCUGGAAGUUCUGCCACGUGCUUCACAAGGUCCUUCGAGAUGGGCACCCCAACGUGCUGCAUGACUGCCAGCGUUAUCGGAGCAACAUCCGGGAGAUUGGAGACCUGUGGGGGCACCUGCAUGACCGAUACGGACAGCUGGUGAGCGUGUACACCAGACUCCUGCUGACCAAAAUCUCCUUCCAUCUCAAGCACCCCCAGUUCCCCGCGGGCCUCGAGGUGACAGACGAGGUGUUGGAGAAGGCGGCUGGGACUGACGUCAACAACAUCUUCCAGCUCACUGUGGAGAUGUUUGAUUAUAUGGACUGCGAGUUGAAGCUUUCUGAGUCAGUUUUCCGGCAGCUCAACACAGCCAUCGCCGUGUCCCAGAUGUCCUCGGGUCAGUGCCGCCUGGCCCCCCUCAUCCAGGUCAUCCAGGACUGCAGCCACCUCUACCACUACACGGUCAAGCUCAUGUUCAAGCUGCAUGCCUGUCUGCCGGCGGACACCCUGCAAGGCCAUAGGGACCGGUUCCACGAGCAGUUCCACAGCCUCAGAAACUUCUUCCGAAGAGCCUCUGACAUGCUCUACUUCAAGCGGCUCAUCCAGAUCCCCCGGCUGCCUGAGGGCCCUCCCAACUUCCUGCGGGCCUCGGCGCUGGCGGAGCACAUCAAGCCUGUGGUGGUGAUCCCCGAGGGGGCCCCUGAGGACGAGGAGCCAGAGCACCUCAUCGAGAUUGGCACGGGAACCCCUGCUGGGGAGCCAGUGGUGGUGGCUGACCUCUUUGAGCAGACGUUUGGACCGCCCGAUGGCUCCAUGAAGGACGACAGGGACCUGCAGAUCGAGAACUUGAAGAGACAGGUGGAGAUGCUGCAUGCCGAGCUGGAGAAGAUCAAGCUGGAGGCCCAGCGGUACAUCUCCCAGCUGAAGGGCCAGGUGGACACGCUGGAGGCUGAGCUGGAGGAGCAGCGCAAGCAGAAGCAAAAGGCGCUGGUGGACAAUGAGCAGCUCCGCCAUGAGCUGGCCCAGCUGAGGGCCUCCCAGCUGCAGGGCGAGCAGAACCAGGGCCUGCGCGAGGAGGCUGAGAAGAAGGCCAGCGCCACGGAGGCGCGCUACAACAAGCUGAAGGAAAAGCACAGUGAGCUCAUCAACACGCACGCCAAGCUGCUCAGGAAGAACGCAGACACUGCCAAGCAGCUGACCGUGACGCAGCAGAGCCAGGAGGAGGUGGCACGGGUGAAGGAGCAGCUGGCCUUCCAGAUGGAGCAGGUGAAGCGGGAGUCUGAGCUGAAGCUGGAGGAGCAGAGUGACCAGCUAGAGAAGCUCAAGAGGGAACUAGAGGACAAGGCUGGAGAGCUGGUCCGUGUGCAGGAGGCCCUGAGCCACACAGAGCAGAGUGGGUUGGAGCUGAGCUCUCGGCUGGAUGCACUGAGUGAGGAGAAGGUCGUGCUGAGCAGAGCCGUGCAGCAGCGGGAGGCAGACCUGCUGGCCGCCCAGCGCCUCGUGCAGGAGAAGGAGGCAGCGCUGAGCCAGGAGCAGCAGUGCAGCUCCCAGGAGAGGGGCGAGCUGCAGGGACAGCUGGCGGACAAGGAGUUGCAGGAGCGGGAGCUGCAGCAGAGGCUCCUGGAUGAGCAGUUUGCAGUGCUGUGGAGCACGGCUGUGGAGGCAGAGCGCAUCCUGCAGGAUGCCGUGGGCAAGCUGGACGACCCCCUGCACAUGCGCUGCACCAGCUCCCCAGACUACCUGGUGAGCAGGGCACAGGCAGCCCUGGACGCUGUGAGUGCCCUGGAGAAAGGCCACACCCAGUACCUGACCUCCAGGUCAGACGCCUCUGCCCUGGUGGCGGCCCUGACCCAGUUCUCCCACCUGGCUGCGGACACCAUCGUCAACGGCAGUGCCACCUCCCACCUGGCCCCCACUGACCCCGCUGACCGCCUGAUCGACACCUGCAAGGAGUGCGGGGCCCAGGCCCUGGAGCUCAUGGGGCAGCUGCAGGAUCAGAAGGCUGUACAGCAGGCCCAGCCAGGCCUGGUGAGGACCCCUCUGCAGGGCAUCCUUCAGCUAGGCCAGAUGCUGAAGCCAAAGAGCCUGGAUGUGCGUCAGGAGGAGCUCGGGGCCAUGGUGGACAAGGAAAUGGCAGCCACAUCCGCAGCCAUUGAAGACGCUGUGCAGAGGAUUGAGGACAUGAUGAACCAGGCCCGCCAUGCUAGCUCUGGGGUGAAGCUGGAGGUGAAUGAAAGGAUCCUCAACUCCUGCACAGACCUGAUGAAGGCCAUCCGACUCCUGGUGACAACAUCCACCAGCCUGCAGAAGGAAAUUGUGGAGAGCGGCAGGGGGGCAGCCACGCAGCAGGAGUUUUACGCCAAGAACUCCAGGUGGACUGAAGGCCUCAUCUCUGCCUCCAAGGCCGUGGGCUGGGGUGCCACACAGCUGGUGGAGUCAGCAGACAAGGUGGUGCUUCACACGGGCAAGUACGAAGAGCUCAUCGUCUGCUCUCAUGAAAUCGCGGCCAGCACUGCCCAGCUGGUGGCAGCCUCCAAGGUAAAGGCCAACAAGCAUAGCCCCCACCUGAGUCGCCUACAGGAGUGCUCCCGCACUGUCAACGAGAUGGCUGCCAACGUGGUGGCCUCCACCAAGUCAGGCCAGGAGCAGAUCGAAGAUAGAGACACCAUGGACUUCUCUGGCCUGUCCCUCAUCAAGCUGAAGAAGCAGGAGAUGGAGACCCAGGUGCGAGUCCUGGAGCUGGAGAAGACGCUGGAGGCGGAGCGUGUACGGCUGGGGGAACUGCGGAGGCAGCACUAUGUGCUGGCUGGGGCGGUGGGGACGCCUAGUGAGGAGGAGCCCAGCCAGCCCCCCGCCGCCCCCCAUGCUGGGACCUCCAAGAAGCCACCCCUGGCCCAGAAACCCAGCGUGGCCCCACGGCAGGACCACCAGCUCAACAGAAAGGAUGGCAUCUACCCGGCUCAACUCAUGAACUACUAGGCUCCCGAGGGCCCAGUGGAGAGGCUGGUGGGCAGGUCCAGGACUCACUUGGCUGCCCUGACCUGGCUGAAGAGCCUCUGAGGGGCAAAGUCCCCAGCAGAAGGCACCAGCCCUCACACCAGGUGCCUAGCCCAACUGCCUGGGGUCGCUGAGCCCACGGGAUUGGGACUAACUGGGUAGUUCUGGACAUGAAUCUAUUUAUCUGCAGUAGGAACUUGUGAAAGCAGCUAGGACCUAGCAGGUCCGAGCCACAACUCAUCAGGAAAUACAUGGAACGUUUUUAGUGCUCUUGAGUUACAACUUUCCUUUAUGGGUUGGUAUUCAGCACACUGGGAGGCAGAGCCAUUGGAAUGGGGGUGUCUGGCCAGAGCCUCCCUUGCCUUCUGGAUGCGGGGUCUGAGGUUCGAGAUGAAUAGAACACAGUCCAUGCUGGCUGGUGGGAACAUAGGAAGAUGUCACCUUUGUGGCCUUCUUGCAGCACUGAAUCCAUAGAGACGGGACCUGGUAUGGCCUCAGGCAAAGCAGGAGCUUUAGGGUGGGCUGGGAUCUUCCCCCUGGCCCCUGAGGCCUUUUGCUCUAGGCACCGAGAACAGGACCUUGUCUGGGGAGAGGUAGGCCAGGGGCUGCUGCCGGGCUGGGCACCAGUGUGCGGAGACCCCCCCCCAUGGGCAUAGGUGCUGCCUUGGCCCCUGGAGUCUGAUCUGCUGACAUCUGUGGAGCCCUCCCAUUUCUUGUCUUCCCUCCCCUGAUCUGACUGCCCCGCCCUGGAGGCCCACAUGGGCUGCUCCCUACCGCAUUCCCGCUGCCACAUUCCUCUCAUCAGUGACAUCCAGCCACCCGAAAGCCUCUUCCAGCUCAGCCAGAAAAAGCCCAGAAACUAGGAGUCACCUGCUCACCAUCCUCUGGAUCAAGGGUGCCUUGCACUCCACCAGAAGGGGGCCGCCCUCAGAGGGACCGCCUGUCAGCCCUGUGCUGCCCAGAGUUAGGCCAAGGCUUAUCCUGCCCUGCCCAUUGGAGGAUCUGAAUGGCAGGCGUGCUGUGCCCCUUGAGCUACCCUGGGAGUGGUCUGGGGUUGGGGAGGGGGAACCAGGCUGGGAGCAAAGGACCAGCAGCUGGGUGGGGCGUGCCCUCCAGGCUGGGAUCUGGAGACCAGAGCCAGGAGACUGCCCCUUGCUUUGUGCUUAGUAUUUCCUGAUGUUGAGUCAGAUUAGCAAUAAAGUGCACUUUGUUGUCACCAGG